AACGUCUUCAUUCAUGGUGCGUUUUCUGACGUGACUAUCCCCUGAACUGCCUGCAUCGAGGCCACCUCGUCUACGGAGAUGAUCGGUAAAAGCUUUUCAGAACUUGUUUUCAUCAGACUUGCGAUCGCUUGCAUUCGCCUUGUGACUCCCUUGAGCAUCGCUUACCUUGCGGCCGACUGCUAUGUUGGCAGGAUCCUCGUAUCCCCCGUCCUCGCACUAUAUGCCCUCGCAGAGGCCCUGUUCUACUCCGCUGUCUUUUUCCCCAGGCGCAUACGGAUGCAAAAGGCAGCUGCACACCCUCCGCGCAUGUCGCGUACGGAGAGGAAAGAAUUAUUUGAUAAAUGUGCCCAAAUGAUGACAGCACAGUCGACAGAAGGCUGGUUCUCUCAAUCAUCUCUUUCUCGAAUACAGCAAGGGAAUGUUAUCGAAUGGCUCCUCUGGGCCUUGUUCUCGACUGAUGCUGGUCAUAACCUCGGAGAAUGGGAGGAGGAGCUGAACUCGUAUAUAUCCGUCUUCACGACCAUUAUUGGAUAUCCUCUCGAUACCGGGAGCAAUGGUGAGCUAAAGACCAUGAGACUUACGCUGGACCCUGUGGUUAUGAUCCACCGGCCACUCAUAUGGUAUACGAUUGUUGCUUUGGUCGAUACAAUCACGUCUGUUUCUUUAUACAGCCGCGGGUUCAAUCACUUCAAUACCCAGACAUGGUUGCACGUAUUCCCACCUCGACCUUUCCUCUCACUGAUUUCGAACACAUCGACAAAACCUGAUAUACCAUAUUGGUAUCGACCCCAUCGCUCGUCCAGUAAGCUGCCUAUCCUCUUCAUACACGGCAUUGGAAUCGGGGUUUGGCCAUAUCUGUCUUUCUUUUCGGAUGUCAUAAAACAAGACCCCGACGUUGGGAUUCUUGUGCUUGAAAUCCUUCCCAUCAGCAUGCGAAUAACGUCGCCUCCGCUAGAUCGGGAAGCGAUGUGUUCUGCCAUUCAGCAGAUUCUCGAUACCCACUCACUACCCCGCGUUGUUGUCGUUUCGCACUCAUACGGCACAGUCAUCACUGCGCAUCUUUUUAGAUUUCAAGAACUUUCCUCACGCAUUGCUGCGACCCUGUUCGUCGACCCGAUACCCUUUCUCCUUCACCAUCCGUCAGUCGCGUACAAUUUCGUCUACCGCGCCCCUCGAGAUGCAAACGAAUGGCAGCUUUGGUUCUUCGCAAGUCGCGAUCCCGACAUUGCGCGCGCGCUAUCAAGGCACUUUUUCUGGUUUGAGAGCGUUCUGUGGAAGGAGGAAUUGGAAGGGAAGCGGGUUGUCGUGUCGUUAGCGGAAAAGGACCAAAUUGUAGAUGCUGGAGCAGUGAGAAAGUAUCUGACUGGGGAAGACGCAAUCCAUACAAGGUGGAAGAAGGAUGGCCUGGAGGUGCUGUUCCACCAUGAUUUAGAUCAUGCGUCCGUUUUCGACGCCAAGGAUAGGUGGACGACCCUAGUGGAAGUCUUACACGGGCUCGUGAGGGAGUAGCAGACUGUAUUGAAUUUGGUUUGCGAUUGUCUGACGACUUGUUCCAGCUUUAGUAUAUGUUUACAGGAACCACUAUCUAAUACCAGUCAAUCCGUGGUUU